UUUUUGGUUUUCCACAAAGAAAACGUUUCCACUUUUGAUUUUGUUGCGUUUUCCUAUUGAUCUUCCAGAUUCUGGAAUGCAGAUUUGAAUUUGCAUAGAUAGAAGUGUAAACUAUAAUCCUAUACAGCUGAUGAGUGUAACACGAUGGAAAAGCGAAAAACUUGCAACUUGCUGUGUGCUUGAGUGAAUUCGGUGGAUCUUGAAUUUCUUCAUUUUGAUUUUUGUUGGCUGACUCUUGCGUGUGACGGUGAUUUUCCUCUCCGUAAUCUUACUCUGCGGGUGAUGGCCAAGGUGCUAGAGCUGCUGGGCAGCCGGCCCGUGCAGGAGUUCCCGGUGAAGACGGUGGAGCAGAUCGCGCACGCCUACCACGCACUGCGCCGCACCAAGCUCCACGGCUUCUCCUCCGAUCGCGCCUACUUCUUCUCCGGCUUCCUGGCGCAGUUGGAGCAGGCGCUCCUCGAGUACUCCGUGGGGUUUCUGCGGCAGCGGGGCUUCCAGCUGUUGUCCGUGCCGGAUGUGCUGCGGCCGCAGGUGCUGGAGGGAUGCGGCAUGCUGAAAGACGGCGACCGCAACAUGGUCUACCUCCUCAACCCCCGACGCCACGGCCAGUGGGCGCUCUCCGGCACCGCCGAGAUGGCGUUCGGAGCGUUCUGGCAGAACAAGCGACUGGCGGCCAGCCAGUUGCCGGUGCGCAUGGCGGCGGUCAGUCGCUGCUACCGCGCCGAGAUCUCCGACAUCCAGGAGGGCAUCUACCGUGUGCACGAGUUCAACAAGGUGGAGAUGUUCAGUGUCUGCCAUCCGCAGCGCAGCGACGACGAGCACCGCUACUUCCUCGGCCUCCAGACGGAAAUCGUCAACGCCCUGCAGCUCCAUGCGCAGGUGUUGGACAUGCCGGAGAACGAUCUGGGCAUGUCGGCGGCGCGUAAAUUCGACAUUGAGGCGUGGAUGCCGGGACAGGGCCGGUACGGGGAGAUCAGCAGCACGUCCAACUGCCGGGACUUCCAGAGUCUGCGGCUGAACAUCAGUUUCGACGCGGACGAGAAGGUAUCCAACGAGCGGGACUCCAGCAGCCGGCAGUUCGUCCACACCGUCAACGGGACGGCCUGCGCCGUGCCCCGUCUCAUCAUCGCCCUCCUGGAGCAGCACCAGAUCCACAACGGCUCCGUCAGGAUUCCCGCGGUCCUUCGCCCGUAUUUUCACGGGGCGGAGCUGAUCGACAAGCCCGACGAGGUGCCGGCGCUCAAAUGGCGGAAGAAGGGCAAAGUGGUCAAAGAGGAAUAAUUGCUGGGGAAAUUGUGCCUGAUUUGUUACGUAGUUGUACAGAAAGAAAUAUCAGGGAAAUGAAAAAUGUACCGCAGUAAAAUAAAUGCGGAAGGAAAACUGAAUAAACGCUAUGUAAAAUAAGAUUGUUAUACCGACAUAAAAAA